UUCAUUGGAAUGUUCAAUGUUGACUUGGUACAUAAUUGGUCUUAUUUAGCUAUUACUUAACUAUUUUAAACUGUAUUUUUAGGAAACUGUGUUUAUGUGCAAAAUUCUAGAUUUCUUAGAUUAUUGUAAAGUUCCCGUUUCAAGAAUGAGAUCACGAAAAGUUUGCGCGUAAAUUAAUGUGUUUACGAUUCUUGCAAUGUGUGUUGGAUCUUAUCAAACAAUAUUGGUAUUCAAAUAAUGUGUUUGCAGCAAUGACAAAAACAUAAAACAUAUCAAUACAUUACUCAAAUGCAUCACACCAUUUUAAAGAACAUGUAACUGUCUGUGAUUGAACCAUAGUUAUUAGAGGUAUUGUAUUUCUGUCUUAUGGUAUAUUGUCCAAUGGAGUCUGAUAAUAAUAACAUCACAAAUAAGAAUAAGUGUAAAGGGAAUUUAAAGAAAAAUGAAAAGAAAAAGAAAAUGGAGACAAUGAAGGAUGUAGAUUUGAAAAAAGAUAAUGAAGAAACUGUCUGCAAUAAGAGUGGUUCUCCAAGUUCUACAGAUAGUGAAGAUCUAGUCAAUGCAAUUAAUUACAACACCAUCACAUCUUUAGCAGCUUUAAAAGAUAUAAUUCAAGGUGAUAGUAAUGAUACUCCUGAAACUGAUAGUUUUUUUCAACACUACUUUAUGAAUCACUGUAAUAAUCUCUCGAGUCGUACUUCUAAUUCACCUUUUCCGUACACUGAGAGGCGACGUUUGUCACAGUGUAGAGAAGAGGAUGAAGAUGAUUACAAAAAAGAUAACUCAGCAUCUAACUCUCCAUCAAAAGCAUAUGAUGUUAAGAAUGUUAGUCAGAAAAAUAAAUCACCCAAGACCCACCAAGAAGUAAAGGGCAGUAAAAAAAUCCAUGAAGACAAACCCAUUGAUGAUGAGUUGUCUGAGCGAACUGUAAUGGGUGCAAAGCAUAAAUUCUUGGUUACCACUGCAGAACCUCCACAGCAAAGAGUAGAGCGGGCAUUGAGAAUGCAUGUCAACAAUGCUCAUACUGUUCAUUUUGGUACCAAAGGUGCAGAAGAGUUAAGGCCUAGUGUUCGGUCAAUAUUCACUGGUGAAAAUCUUCAUCGUGACAAAAACUAUUUUGACAGUAGUUUAAUAGAAAUUAGAUCUACUGUUGAUGGCGUACUCACCAGUUCUGAAGAUAUUUGGAUUAAGAGAACAAAUGAAAAACCAGUAAUUUCCCCUAAAGAAGCAAAAAUUACUGUUGAUAAAAAAGCAGAGAUGCUAGAACAGGACCAAGUUGAACCAAUCCGAGCACGUUCUGGAACCUGGGGUUCCCAAUCUCAUAAAGAAAAAGAUAUCAAAGUCAUUGAUGUUAAAAAAGUUAAAGAUAUACAAAAGAACAAUGAUGACAGAAGGAACAAAAGAGACCAAAGAUUGGAUGCCGCGAUUACAAGAAGUACUCAAUCUGUUGGUGAAAGAAAAAGGCGAAGCUCGGCUGAUGAUGCUCAUUCUCAUCAGCUAUAUCAGCAGACAAUUCAUGGAACCUCCGGGGUGAGCAGGAGACCAGCUUUGUUUGAUAUGUUCAAAUCUAAGCCUCGCGGUGAUAAUAAGAAACAACCAACUAUAAUACAACAGUUUAAAGCCGCAAUGCAGAAUAUAACAAAGGCGAAAGAAGGAGAGAAAUUAGAAGUUUCAAAACCCGAGAGCAAAACUGAUGGUGCCUCUUGUUCGAGUCAAGCAAGCAAAGUCAAAGAUGGUUCUGCGCAUCCGCAUCCUAGUAGCGAUGCUAAAUACUAUCACACAGUAACGGUGCCAGCCUCACGUCGCCCCAGCGCGAUAAGCAAAGUGAUAGAAAUGUUCCGCGGAAGACAGUCAGUUCCAACACAUGCUGGCUCCUUUGACGCGGAUAAACGGCGAACGAGAGCGGGAAAUCAGUCUCAUCACCACGCAGGUCAUUUACGAAGGACCACCUCGCAAGAAGCAGAAAAGCGUCGGUCGUCACUAGGCAACGUACCUCCGGCGAGACAUCGAGCUUCUGAUGCUUCAUUGGAUCCACAUCACGCUGCCAUAUUAUUCCGUAAUGCCAGAGGGCUGCCAGUGGUGGAUCCCUUCAUACAGAAAGCUAACUUGUCUGAUCUAGAAGAGGACGAGUCGCAGAUAUUUGUUAAAUUUUUCAAAUUCCACAAAUGCUACGAUCUCAUCCCGACAUCGGCUAAGCUUGUGGUCUUCGACACACAAUUGCUCGUCAAGAAGGCAUUUUUUGCACUUGUGUAUAACGGUGUCCGUGCCGCCCCGCUAUGGGAUUCCCAAAGACAAGAGUAUGUGGGUAUGCUCACAAUAACGGACUUUAUAAAGAUCCUGCAAAUGUACUACACCAGUGCAGACGUCGCUAUGGACGAGCUGGAAGAACAUCGACUUGAGACCUGGAGACAGGUACUUAAGGGUUCGGUAGUGCCGCUCGUAUCGAUUGGGCCAGAUUCUUCUUUGUACGAAGCCAUUAGGAUACUGAUCACAAACAGGAUUCAUCGUUUGCCCGUCAUCGACCCGGAGACUGGCAAUGUACUCUACAUACUCACACACAAGAGAAUACUUAGGUUUCUCUUUUUAUAUAUAAAUGAAUUGCCAAAACCCAAAUAUUUACAAAAUAAGCUACGAGACCUGAACAUUGGAACGCUUAAUAAUAUUGAAACGGCCACAGAGGAGACUUCUAUUAUUGAAGCCUUAAGGAAAUUCGUCAACCGUCGAGUUUCAGCAUUACCCAUUAUUGAUACUGAGGGCCGGCUGAAAGAUAUCUAUGCCAAGUUCGAUGUUAUUAACUUGGCUGCUGAGAAAACAUAUAAUAACCUGGAUGUGACGUUAAAAAAAGCAAAUGAACAUCGCAACGAGUGGUUUGAAGGAGUUCAAAAGUGUAAUCUGGACGAGACCCUCUAUGAGGUCAUGGAAAGGAUUGUCCGUGCAGAGGUGCAUCGUCUAGUCGUGGUAAACGAAGAAGAUAAAGUAACGGGCAUUAUAUCAUUAUCGGAUCUACUGAUGUACCUCGUCCUACGUCCGACUGGCGAAUGCGAGGGCGCCAGCCUGCGUAACGAACACGGUCCGAUCGUAGAAAAGGACGAAACUGCAGAUUCUAUAUCGAUAGAGAAUAACAAAACCAUACAAGAAGAUGAAUUGGAGGGAGCCGUUGGCGGUGAACCAUUGGAGGAAAGUUAAUUUGUAAAUUUAUAAUACAAAAAAUAUUUCUAUCGCUACCAAACCAAUAUCGAUCUAUCUCUGUUGAUACUUGUUCUACAGAAUAAUAUUUAUAGCAAUGACUAGAUGUAGAAUAUAUCAGUUAUAUGUCUAUUUUCGAGAUAAUAAAAAAAAACAAUUACAAUAGAAUCGAUUAGCGAUUGUAUUUUUUAAAAUAUAUUAAUCAAAUUGUCUAAAAUUAACUGUACUACGUUGCAAUGACAAUGUCACUAACGCUCAUUAUAAAAUCUGGACUAUGGAAAAUGCAUCGUUACCAUGGUAUCAAACUCAUUAGACCCCGUUUUAUUUUAAGGUCCAAAAUGGCCACCCUUUUCCGAAGACUACUUCAUUAAUCCAAAUAAUAUAGCAACAACACUUACACACAUAUUUGUUAACAAAAAACGCUGUAGUAUUCGCA